AGGCAGGCUUGGUUUCCGUUCCCCCUUUUUCUCUCUUGCGUUCUCGUAGUUUUGAUUCCUCCUUGUUGAUCCCGAUAUUUUUCGCAUAAAGUUUUGCGCUUAUAAUUUGGCAGGAUUCAUUACUGAAUUCGCCUAUAAUGACUUUGAAUUUGGGUUCGACUCUACUUCACACGACUCUCGUUUAUUCAUCAUGUCCUUUCUUUUUCGUGUGAUAAUGUCUACAUCCAGAAACGAAUUUUUCUGAAUGAAAGUAGAGCUGGCUCGACUGAGAAAUAUGGCUGGCGUUUAGCGGACUUGUCAUCGUGUUCGCGCUACGCCGAGCUAGCGGUAUGCUUUCCGACGACAGUUGUUGACUCCUUUGUGACGCAACAUAAAGAUGGCGAGCGACCCGUGUGCGGUGGAUUUUUACCAGGUGAUGGGCCUUCCGGCCUACUGCCAAGACUUGAACUUGGUCCGGAAAGCCUACACAUCCUUGUCGAAAGAACGGCAUCCAGAUAAACCUGGCGGAUCCAAGGAGCAGUUUCAGCAAUUGAAAGAUGCAUACGAUACACUGGUGGAUGCGGAUAAGAAAGCGCUCUAUGACAGCCUCUAUGCGAGACGGUUUAAUUCAACAUUUGCCAGAAAGACAGCAGCUAGUUCGAGAGGAACCACUACAUCAACAACCGCGCCGUCAGCUAGUUCGUCGACUAGAAGUAGCUACUUUCGGGAUGGCGCAGCAGGUCCCGGUUUUAGGUCAAGCAAACGGCCGAGCGCGGAUGACGGUGCGAGAGAGAAAGCGGAACCCAAUGCGAAGUUUCGCAGCCGAGCAGAGUUUCGUGCUUUCUACGAGACGCGGCGGAACGCGGGCACUGUGCCAGAGCCCAUGAGCGGUAACGUGUACGAGCGCAUUUACGAAGAACAGGAGCGUCGAUGGCGGGCUCGCGCUGCGAAGGCCGAUGCAGAAACGCGCGGUCCAGAUGGCAGCUACUUCAACGCUGGUGGCGUGCCCUUUGCCGGCACCUCUUUUCGAGGCAAGAAGGGAGAGGAACCAGGAUACCGAGACCGGCCAGGGAAGACGCGCGUCGAGCAUAAGUAUGGGGCUGCUGCUGCUGAAUGGGCGAAGAAACACUACGCCUUCACACGUAAGAAAAAAAAUCGGGGACCGCAUCGAUCAGCCGAUGGAGAAGAGGAAACCUCUUCUUCCGGUGCGGAAGCGGGCGAAUUUUUCGGGAAUGAUUAUCCUUCCGAGGACGAAGAUGUAGACGACCCGCAAAGUAGAAAACGACCUCGAAAGAAUCCGUUCUUCGACGACGAUGACGAUUUCCUGAAACGCGGUUUGGAUUCAGAAGACAACGAGGACGGCCCUACGUUUGCGGGCUUUGAGGACGAAUUUGAGACUGAGGCGCAAUUCCGUAGACGCACAACUGGCUUUGACGCCGAUGAUCACGUGGAACAGGAUGAAUUCUUUCCAGCACCGGAAGACGAAUUUUUUCCUGGUGCAUAUUUUGGCGGUCGAAAAAGGCGGUCUCGAAGUGGCUCACCUCGCGUAAAUACAUCCUUUAGUAGCUCUACUUCACAUAAACCUCGGACGAAGGCUCCAGCUCCACAUGAAUCAUCCUCGAAAAACGAUAAGAAAACAGCUACGGCCAAGUUCUCCUUCUACAAAGUUGGGGCUGCAGCUCCAUCGUCCACGUUCGCUGGUGUAGGGGAAGAUAUGGCGAGCGACAGGGCAACGUGCUCUGAUGCCUUUUCAUGGACGUCGGCGAGACGGGUUGAGGCCAAUUACAUGGAUCUUGGAAGCUAUGGCGCAGAGUUUUUUGAUCUCGGUAGGGAUGGGGACGAGCAGGAUUUCGACCGCGAUGAUGUUGACGAUAAAAGUCAGGAGGAUGCGCAAGCAGAAACUCUUCCAGCUGCAGCCGUCGAGCAGCAGCAAGACGCGGAUGUACAAGCAUCCGAUACACACCUUGGUGAGGCUCGACAAUCAACAGGCUCAAGUAAGUCUAAGGGCGGCAAAAAACUGACCGAAGCGACCGUCAAUGCAGUCGCUGAAGAUCAGUCCGCGGAUCCGACCCUACCUCCCGCGAAAGCAGUAGAUGCAGCCGCAAAAUCAGGCUCAGCAGGUCCAGCGGCCGGUAAGUCGACAACGCCAGAAGGAGAAUCGGCAGUUGUGGAACCAAAUAGUGGUUCGCGAAAAAAGUGGAAAAAUGCAGCUGCGUCGAAGAAGCGCAAGGACCCCAGAAAGGGAGAUGUGAUCAGCCUAUCUUCUGGGAGCGAGUCUUCUGAUGUAGAGAUGCAAGUUAUCGAUUUGGAUUCCGAUGCCGAUCAGGACCCAGAAAACGACUUCAAAGGGCAAUUUCCUGGGUGGGGUAAGCGUCUUCUUCCACAGCCGCCACCAGCAAUGCAACUUACACCACCAGGGCAGAAGAGCGCGAAAAACGCGGAAUUCGACUUACUGCUAUCACGGUUGGAGGAAUUGGGCGAUGCAAAAAUUGACAGGGGUAAACAAAAGAAUGCGCGGAAUCUAUCUUCCACUCCUGGCAAUCCUUUCGCGUCGUCUGCAUCGUCUUCAUUUCAAAAUGGCAUGUCUGCUCCCGGCAUCGAAGACACGACAAAUCAAGCAGCGUUUCCGCCGCCGGUCACACCGUCAAUCAUAGAAACUGAGCCAUCAGCUGCAAGUGCUCCCACCGAAGCAGAGAUGAAGAAAGCCGGAGGUACUAGUUCGACUUCAACAUCCGCGCCGAACACGAGCUCGGCAGUAGAAGAUGCAUCUGAUGUUGCAAGUGCGACACAGCUCACAAACAUGGGGAUCAUGAUGAACAUGAUGCAAACAAUGAUGUCAAAUAUGAUGAACAUGGCAUCGGGAAGCAAUCAAACUGCAGCGCAGCCUCCCCAGUCAGGAACGAUGAUGAUCAACAACAACAUUGUGACAACGAUGGGAGGUGGGAUUAUUUUGCCGGCCAACGGCAGCUCAGGUCCUACUACUUCUAAAAACAUCAAACAUGCUGGUGCUCACAUAGUACCGAACAAGGGCCAUGGCCAGCUGAUUCUGCCGCCAACUGGUGCCAAAGGAUCCUCAAACAGUGGAAAAAAUGGGAAAAAGGGCAAAGGAAAAGAUCAGCAUGCGAGCAAGACUGGUAUAGGCUUGAAGUCAUAUUUCAGUAAGGGUAGUGCUGGAGGAAGCAAAGCGAGCAAAGCUAGUAGUGGCAAGGCGAAAGCAGGCGAAGGGGAAGGCGCUCAUAAUCAACACGCCUCGGCCUCGACACUGUCCCGCGACGAGUGGAACCGAAACAGAGAAGGGGCCAUGCGCCAGCCUACUUCUAGCUCUGAGGCUGCCUCACGUCCACAAUUGCGCCCAUUUUGCCGGGAGGACGGAGCGGCAUCUGCACAAGAUACCUCGGUAGAUUCUGCAGGCAACCCUUUCAGCAGUCUGGCUGGCGGGAAUAUCGCAUUAUCUUCAAAAUCUUCUGCUCCUCACGCGUCUAAGAGUGCAGCUGGAGGAGGUACUGCAACUAAAAAAGGGUUCUCUGCGUCUGCUUAUUCAUCAUCGUCUACUUCGGAAGCCACAGGGACAACUAGGGAGAGAGGGCCUCAGGCUAGUCGGCAUGAAGGAAGACGUAAUGAUGCGGAUAUGUUGGAUCCUAACGUAACCUUAAACAGGAAUCGUCGAGAACAGGCAGGGAGAGAGCCCACGCAGCAUUAUUCGGGUUAUUCCAUGAGCUACGGAGUCGACCCACUCGGCACGUCGAAGUCCAACUAUAACGACGACCCUCCUGCGAAUACUAAAGGUACAGGUAGUUUAUCAUCUGGUGCAACAUCUUCUACUACUACAGCUGUUGGUGCAAUUCCAGAUUUUAGUCAGAUGGGUGCGGCAGUGGAGUUUGGGGUCAUACGCUCCAGGCCUUUGCUCUACGAAGGAGAUGAAAAACCUUCGUCAGAACAAGAUGCUGCGAAUGAUAAUCACAACAGUGGGGCUGAGCCUCCCCAACAUCGUAGUCGCGACCGUGACCGCAACAGAAGAAACGACCGCGAGAGAAAUAAUAGAAGUAGAGAAGAUCCCAAAACUACCAGGGGAUCGCAGCGCAGACGAGGUCCUCGCUCUAGAGAGAGAGACAAGAAAGAGAAGCAUAACGAGGUGUCGAAGACUUCCAGCAAGCAAUCUUCAAAUUCAGCCAGAGUAGGAGGUGGCUCAUCAUGUUCCUCGUCAUCGUCAUGGAAGGAGUUUAGCAGUAGAAUAGAGCCCCAAAGUGGGAGGCUACGGCGGCACAACAAGGCGGGCACGAAUGGCACAGAAGUAGAGAGUUCAGCUGAGGCCGAAGCAGGUUCAGAGGCUACUAACCCUUUUGCUGAUGGCGCUGUCGGAAAUCAAGCUAAUGUGGAUACUGACGCAGUAGGAGAACUCGCAGCAGGAGAAGAUGAGAUCUAUCUCCUCUCUGAAAACAUGCUCUCGGGAAACUUGCUGGAUCAAUUAAGCGAUAACGACUGACGCAUAUGCAUACUUCUACAGCAUGACUACGCUGACUUCUAUAAAUAUCAUGAAUGUUGUACGAGCUUGCGUCCAUCUUCUGGACGAUCCAUCUUCUUUUUUCCCGCAGUAGUUAUUCGUGGUGCACAGCUUGAGGAUUUAUAGGUUGGCUCCUGUUCGCCUCGUGCCGGGAGUCCUGGGGUGCAGGUGGUGCUUAUGGCCCAGGACCCUGACCACAUCCCUCACUUCAUCGGUCAAAGUUAAAACAUAACAGGUUUCAACAUAUACGCUUUCUCUCUCCCCACCAUCUUAUCCACUAUCAACCUCGUCUUUAAUCACUAAACUUAUUAAUGCAGGGGUUAGUAUCCUAAACGACCUACAAUCUAGUCCUCUCAUCAUUAUUCGCGUUUCAUUCCUCGCUCUGGUGAGAAGCCAGCAAUAUGAAAAAGAUAAGGAAUAUAUGGUCGGGGCAACAUACGCAUCCACAUGUCGCUGCAGCACGGUGUUUCAAUGUUCGACAGCUGGCGCUGGAAGAACACUUAAAAUCCGUUUUUACGAAACUGUCCCGAGGUAUCUUUUGGGAGCAGAUAAAUAACACGGCUUGGAACAUGAACAAGAAAUUAGUAAUUAAUGUCUAUCUUUAUCGGUACUGCAACUGCUGUAAGUGAAUCUUUUUCAUUAGAAGUGGCGGAGAGGAGGGUAGAGUUGAGUACAAGAUUUUCGGGAGUGCCUCUGCAAUUGGUUGUCACCGAGGAAAAGCCCGACAUCGGGCAAUGAAGAAGAGAACAACUAAGUCG